CAGCUGACUGCCUACUAGCUGUCACAUGACGGACCCUUAUUAACCAGUAGGGUGAAGCUUUAUCGGCGCGAAUCGGUGCACAGAGCAACGUAGCGGGCAGCCAGUCACCAUGGCGACAGCGGUUGUGAAGGAGAGUGCGAGCAUUAAGCAAGCUGUAUUAAUCAUCAAUGGAAUGGAUUCAGGCAAAUUCCCCCGUUUGCUUUCCCGCAUAUUGCAAAAGCUUCAUCUCAAGGCAGAACAGAGUUUUAACGAGGACGAAGAGGAAAAACUCCAAGCUGCUUUUUCAUUGGAUAAGCAAAAUCUAAAAUUAGUGUUGGAGACCAUCUCAUUCAUUUUGGAACAGGCUGUGUAUCAUAAUUUGAAAACGCUGGUCUUACGCCAGCAGCUGGAGAACAUCCAUCUUGAGCAGGUGAAAAUUGAUGCUUUUGCUAAUGCCUGGGAGAAUUCAGGGCAGGAGACUGUGGAGAAGUUUAGACAACGCAUUCUGUCCCCAAAAAAGCUGGAGACAACUGCCUGGCAGCUCAACCUCCAGAUGGCUCAAUCCACCCAAGCAAAGAUGAAAUCUCCCCAGGCUGUGCUAGAACUUGGAGUUAGCACCGAAGACACAAAGGUGAUUGGAGAUCCUGUGCUGUCCAUCAUUAAAAAGAACCUGGAGAAAGUGUUCCUGGAGUUUAACCACAAGGAGCUCCUGGAGUUCUAUAACAAGCUCGAGACUAUCCAAGCACAGCUGGAUUCCCUUACGUGAUGUCUUAAAGACGGGUUCUUCCACUGCACUCCUGCCACCUCAUUAUUUUGUAUAGAAGAUAGAUUGCCAAGCUGUGUUUGUUAAAGGAAUCAAUGGUCUGCUUCCUGUAAAAUUAUAUGGCUUAUCUCCUCUUAGACUAGCAACAUUAGCCGAGGGAGAUCAUUGUGAAGUAUGCUGAAAGUCUAAUUGACUUUCUAGUUAGAUUCUGUGAGUACAGGGUAUAUAAUGAAUUAUUCUAAUAAUAACGAACAAAGUUAAUGAUCAUUCCAUUCACCAUUUAUAAUUCUAUAUUAUCACUCAUAAAAACACAUAUAUAAAUUACCUCUGCCAUUACAUUAGGAGUCUUAUAGACACAUGGAGGCACAUUCAAAUCUCAAAGAACAUUUCAAUAGUUUUAAAACUUUACUUAAAACCUGUGGGUUAGACAUUGUGACAUGAUUUGUAGGCAGGAAUCAGCUAUUGCGUUCUUUGGAUCCACCUCUCCAUUUACACAUCAGUGAUCUCCAGAUAGUCCCUAAACAUGGUUUAUUUACACAAAUAAGCACUAAUUUAAUCGAUUAAAGGAAAACUCCACCAUGACUCUCAAUAGUAGAACAAACCGCCCUCCCUCACUAUCUUGGAUCCUGCCAUAUAUCAGGCAGUCUCUCCACCAACAAGUCUGUAAUGGUCCUUUCUUCUGCCGGAAAAGGAAGGAGAGUUUAGAAUUUCAGUACUCCAUCAUUGGUUGAGCUGCUGCUGCUGAAGUCUAGGCUUUAAAAAAAAAUUCCAACAGGCAAAUUGACUGUAAGUGGCAUUGGUGAGCCGAGGGGAGGUGGUUGGUAGAUAAACAAUUACAAGGUCGACAGUCAUUAGGUCAACAGAGUCAAAAGACAGACAGGGUCAAAAGGUCAACAUGACAAAGGUCAACACACAUAUGGUCGAGAAAUGUUUUUUAGGGUUUUUCCAUUUUUUUACAACUUUUGCUAGAUUUUACUAUCCAUGUCACAAACUAUUACCUUUAGAACCCUUCUGGCAAGUGGAUCUGAGUGAGCCACCACACCCAAAUCAUGGUGAGCUAGCAAAUGCGCGAGGGGACGCAUUUCAACAAAUUUGUGUGAAAUAUGUUUAAAAAUACAAAGUAACAUCUUUUUCUUGUCGACCUUUUGACCCUAUUGACUGCUGACCUUGUAACUGUCUAACUAAAGGCCCAUACAUACUUGCCGAUAAAAUGAGCGACAUCGCUCAUUUUCCCCCUCCCUGAGCGAUGUCGCUCAUUUUAUCGGCAAAUGUGUAUGCCGCCAGCGACGACCGAUGCGCGGCCCCACGGGUUGGCAACAAUCGUCGCUGUCGGCAGUGCAUGCAUGCAGGAUCUGGACUGUCGUCCAGGACCUGCAUGCACGGCUGGCGGAGGCGUGACGUCACUGAGCGAUAUGAGCGGUCAUAUCGCUCAGUGUGUACAGUCGGCCACCAACCGGCCCGCCCGGGAGGGGAAACAUUAGACGACGUCGCUCAUAGAGCGACAUCGUCUAAUGUGUACGGACCUUGACAGACCACACCCGAGCCGUGUGUAUCACAACAUAAUGGCUGAGGUCCAAAAAGCAGGAUCCACACCUUAUUUCUAAUUAGAAGACAAUGAUUUUACUCUGCAGUUUAAGAUUUAGGGUCAUUGCAGACAACUUAUUUAAGGAUAUAUCUAUGUAGGUAUUUUAAAACCUUUAUUUAACAAAUCUAUUGUGGCGCUCUAGAAUAAAAAUCCUUAAAGAAAGGUGAGUAUGCCAUUGGAUUAAUUGGCUAAAAUAGUUGUGUGUCAGAAAGGACAAAGAAAUAAGAUACACAGAGAUAAGGUGUCCCAUUGUAGAGAACUAUUUAUCAUUGUUUCUAGACUUAGCCUACACCCUGCACUGCAAUUUGUUAUUAAAUGGACGCACGACACCAGAAAAUAACGCGUUAUGUAGAUGUAAAUAUAAUUUACUUCUAUCCAGUAAAUUUAAAAAUUGUGCUUUUGUGCUUUGUAUGUUUAAUUCCUAUUUUUACCAUUAGGCUUCUGCAUGUAAUUCAUUUAAUUUCUUCUUCCUCACCAUCCCCCCACAGCAUUAACUUCUUUGUAAGUGUAUUCAGUUUAUUUUAGUAUAGUUUUCCUAAUUGUCUUUAAUACAAACUGCAAGCCCAACUCAGUUUAGUUUUGUAAAAUAAUUUUGGAAUUGCUGAAACAGAAAACUAAUUUUCAUCAGUACAGUCCUAGUGUGCAACUUCUAAAAGUCUUUGUAUCUAUUUCAUUGGUCAUUGAAAAGGAUGGUUUGGCAAAUAAACCAAUCAUAUUCUAGUUAGAUUUUUUUUUUGUAGUACACUUUAGAAAACGAAUGCAAACGUCUGGCUGGUUUCUGUUGGUAAUAGCUUUUUUUUUCUACUCAAUUACCUGCCAUUUUAAGUAAAGUACCCAUAGUAUCUGAAGCUUAGGAGAUGUAUGUGACUAUAGUAUUUAUGCAUUCAUGUGUGUUUGUAAGUGCUCUUUUAAUGAUACAUUUUCUGCUAAGCACAUUAAGUUCUCUACUAAUAUCACUGCAUGGUUAAAACUCACAGUACAUAUCUGUCCUUGUUUUUUGUUUUUACGAGACGCCUAACUGUCUAAAGAUUUACAGUACAUUACUUUGUUGGAAUACAUUUGUUAUUGUUUAGAUGAAGAACAUAAAUGUUUAUAUCAAGUCUCCAAUGAUCUUCCCUUAGGCCCUUUGCUGCUAAAUAAAGUGACAGGUUGAGAUGAUGGAAAA